UCAAACAACAACAACAACAAAAAAAAAAAAGGGAAAGAAAGAAAGAAAAACAGUUUCACAUUUUGCCGUAAUUUCAAUCAUAAAUUAAUAAUACUAAAUAAAUUUGGAGGUGUACUCAGACAUCGUUAUGUGGUGAAUAUACAAAUCGGAAACGGAGAGACUCACAGACACCCGUUGAUAUAUUCGUUCAUACACGUAUAUGUCUUAUCUUAGGUGUAUAUAUGUCGAUCUUGAUGAUCGAAUCGAUUCGAUUGAAUUUCAGGAUUAAGAAAAGCUUGCAUGAUUGAUUGAUUCAAUUGAAAAUCCUCUCGGUUUACACCGCCGAUUCCUGUCUGUCUUCGUGGCGCUUUUUCUUUUUGUCUUCACUCGGAGAUCCGAAUCAAUUAUUGCUUCAAUUUUCAAGGCGGCAUGGUGGUUCUUGAUUGGGAAUUAUUUAACGACUGAUGGAUUUUGUAGAGGAAACGUGGUCCUCUCAUUUGCUUUGCGGUUGAUAUUUUGUUUUUAAGGUUUGUACCUCGCAUGCAACUUGAAAUUCGAGAUUUUUAGGGCUCGGUUCGCUGUUUGGUUUUGAAUUUCACGGAACUAGGGUUUCGGUGGCUGAAUUUGACGACUAGGGUUUCGUGAAAUUUUGAUUUCGACAGGUUAGGAGAUAUUGGUUGCUUAUUUGUUUGGCAGAUUAGUUAAUUUAUUGGAUUUAGGAGAAGAUUCUUCAGUGCAAUUACUCUGAUAGUCUUGGAGUGUUGGUGGCAUCGAGAAUUACACGUACAAUUAGUCAACGUUCUGAAUUUAGGAUUUGUUUGGUUGCUACCUUGUUAUAAGAUAUAUUGGUAAACAUUGUGGGCAAUUGAGUUUGGCAUAUAUUUCUAGACUCUUUCCCCAUUGUCGUUCACUUCGAAAUUGGAUAGAGCUAUAGCCAAAUGAAAAGUUAACAAUGGCAAGGGGAUUGUCGGUAGAUGGAUUUCGCGGACAAGUCAUUCCUUGAUCUUGUAGGGGCCCUGAAAUCGUGGUUCCAUUGGCGGUCUGAGCUGGCUAACGUGUCGAGGGACUUUUGGAUGCCCGAUGAGAGCUGUAGGUGGUGCUAUGAGUGUGAAGUUCAGUUCACUUUGAUUAACCGAAGACACCAUUGCCGGCAUUGUGGGCGAGUUUUCUGUGCCAAGUGUACUUCAAACUGGGUUCCUGCACAAUCAAGUGAUCCAAGUACUUCAAGGGAAGAUUUGGAGAGGGUUAGGAUCUGUAAUUUCUGUUUCAAGCAAUGGGAGCAGGGCGUAGCUACUGUUGAUAAUGGGAUCCCGAUUGCCAGCCUGGAUCUCAGUACCUCUCCAUCAGCGACAAGUCCUGUCAGCACCAAAUCUAGCGGCACCAUUGACAGUAGCUGCAUUACACUUGCGUCAAUAUCGCACUCAGUUGAGUCUUGCCCGCAAAAUCACCCGUCAAUUCUCAGCCCUUGUCAAUCAGCAGCAAUGGAGACAAGUGUAGAUAAGGAAGGUGAAGUAGCAACAAAAAACGAUCAUGCGGGCUUCCAGAAUCAAUCUCCAAACCGAUAUGACUUUUGCAUGAACAGCAGGAGUGAUGACGAUGACGACGAAUUUGGAGUUCUCCGGUUAGAUUUCAAAUCAAGGCAUUUCCCUCAGUCUAAUGGCUACUAUCCUCAAGUUGAAUUUGACGGGAUUGACAAUGGUUAUGGUUCACAUAAAGUGCACCCUGAUGGAGAAAAUGUGGACGCUAAAAGUGUAAGCAGUUCUUCAUUGCACAAUAGCUUUGAUUCAGGGAGAUCAGAAGGAAUCCAACAGCUUGUCAAAAAGGAAGACGAGCAUGAUAUAGGCGAAGAAGGUGAAGCACCUUCCUCUUUAUAUGCUACAGCAGAUGUUGAUGCUGAACCUGUUGAUUUUGAGAACAAUGGACUUCUGUGGCUCCCGCCUGAUCCUGAAGAUGAAGAAGAUGAAAGGGAAGCUCUUCUGUUUGACGACGACGAUGAAGGGGGUGGUACUGGUGAGUGGGGAUACCUCCGCUCUUCAAGUAGUUUUGGAAGUGGGGAGCAUCGACAUAGGGACAGGUCAAAUGAGGAGCAUAAGAAGGCCAUGAAGAAUGUGGUUGAUGGGCACUUCAGGGCUUUAGUAUCUCAGCUAUUGCAGGUUGAGAAUCUUCCUAUGGGUGAGGAGGAUGACAAAGAAAGUUGGUUAGAGAUAAUCACGUCUUUGUCUUGGGAGGCUGCUACUCUGUUAAAGCCAGAUAUGAGCAGAAGUGGGGGAAUGGAUCCGGGAGGUUAUGUGAAGGUGAAAUGCUUAGCUUCUGGGCGUCGCUCUGAGAGCAUGGUGGUCAAAGGAGUUGUCUGUAAGAAAAAUGUGGCUCAUCGGCGGAUGACAUCAAAAGUAGAGAAAGCUCGCUUGUUGAUCCUUGGAGGGGCUCUUGAGUACCAACGGGUUUCUAACCUCUUGUCAAGUUUCGAUACGCUGUUGCAGCAGGAAAUGGAUCAUUUAAAAAUGGCUGUUGCGAAGAUUGAUGCACACCAACCUGAUGUCCUUUUGGUGGAGAAAUCAGUUUCUCGAUUCGCGCAGGAGUACCUUCUUGCAAAAGACAUAUCACUUGUUCUCAAUAUCAAGAGACCGCUAUUGGAGCGUAUAGCCCGCUGCACUGGUGCUCAGAUUGUCCCUUCAAUUGAUCAUCUCUCUUCACAAAAGUUGGGAUAUUGUGACCUGUUCCACGUGGAGAGAUUUCUAGAAGAACAUGGCACUGCUGGGCAGGGAGGAAAAAAAUUAGUGAAGACAUUGAUGUAUUUUGAAGGGUGCCCAAAGCCACUGGGAUGCACUAUAUUACUCAGAGGUGCCAAUGGGGAUGAGUUGAAGAAAGUGAAGCAUGUGGUCCAGUAUGGAAUUUUUGCAGCUUAUCACUUGGCUCUGGAAACAUCUUUUCUUGCGGAUGAAGGAGCCUCUCUUCCAGAACUACCAUUCAACUCCCCAAUAACUGUGGCACUUCCAGAUAAACCAUCAGGCAUUGACAGAUCUAUAUCAACUAUACCUGGUUUCACUGUCCCUGCCUAUGAAAAAACUGAAGGACCUCAACCUUGUGGGGAGCCACAAAGGUCCAACAGUUUCCCGGCUUCAUAUGCAGUCUCCUCCAGUGGACCCCCGUCAAGCUUCGUCAACUCGACUGUUUCCUCCUUUGUGGCUUCUUCAGGGCAAGACUCUGCAAUGCCUUGCCAUAAUGAGUCCUCUCCUUAUCAUGUAUCUCAGCAGAGAAGUACAGUAGUUUCUAAACAGUCUACACAGGCAAGAACUUCUGCAGCUGACGGUGCUCGAGAUGCCAUGGGUGAUGUACUUAUUGCUAGUGGUUUCCGGCGUGCCGACACAGCAAGUCAUGGUGUUCCUACUGCAAAUUCUCAAAAUGACUAUAGUGAAGCAAGUGUAAAUGAGCUAGGUAGUUCAGAGGUAUCAUCGUUUCAACAAGAAGUAAACCUUCCAGUGGAACAAGGAGGUUCUAAAGAAGAGUUUCCUCCAUCGCCUUCCGACCAUCAAAGCAUUUUGGUUUCCUUAUCAUCGCGAUGUGUCUGGAAGGGGACUGUCUGUGAAAGAUCGCACCUUUUUCGAAUCAAAUACUAUGGAAACUUUGAUAAACCUUUGGGCCGCUUCUUACGAGACCAUUUGUUCGAUCAGAGUUACCGAUGCCGAUCAUGUGAUAUGCCAUCAGAAGCACACGUCCAUUGUUAUACUCAUCGACAAGGCACCCUUACAAUUUCGGUGAAAAAGUUUCCAGACCCCUUACCAGGUGAAAAAGACCUCUUACCAGGUGAAAAGGAUGGAAAGAUCUGGAUGUGGCACAGGUGUCUGAAGUGUCCAAGAACAAGUGGUUUCCCACCGGCAACCCGAAGAAUUGUGAUGUCGGAUGCUGCUUGGGGAUUGUCUUUUGGGAAGUUUUUGGAGCUCAGUUUUUCAAACCAUGCAGCUGCUAGCAGGGUGGCAAGUUGUGGCCAUUCAUUGCACAGAGAUUGUCUUCGUUUCUACGGAUUUGGGAAAAUGGUUGCUUGCUUUCGCUAUGCAUCAAUUGACGUCCAUUCGGUCUACCUCCCUCCCCCCAAACUUGAUUUCAAUUAUCAGAAGCAGGAUUGGAUAGAAAAGGAAAUGAACGAGGUAGUCGACCGAGCAGAGCUGUUAUUUGCUGAAGUACUCAAUGCUCUCAGUCAGAUGGGUGAGACAUCUGGGCCUGGACAUGGCACGAAAUUAUCUGAAUCAAGACGCCAAAUUGCAGAACUGGAAGCAAUGCUGCAAAAGGAGAAGACAGAAUUUGAGGAGUCGCUCCAGAAAAUUGCGAAUAGGGAGAUGAAAAAGGGUCAACCUGUCGUCGAUAUUUUUGAGGUUAAUCGACUACGAAGACAAUUACUCUUCCAAUCUUAUAUGUGGGACCACCGCCUGAUAUAUGCAGCCAGUUUAAUUACCAACAGCCUUCAGGAUGAUCUGAGUAGCUCUAAUCCCAAAAAUGCGGUGAUCUCCUUUUCUGCUCAUGGCAAUUCCAUUGACAUGAAUAUGCCUCUUGAUCCAGGUGAAGGCCUAAGUAGUUCUGAAUCAGUAGCUAUGGCUGUAAAGCUUACUGAAUGUCAUGAUCGCGGAGAAGGAAUCAAAAGCCAUGCUAGCCAGCCUGAGUUAACUCACGAAGUAAUUGAUACACAAAUAGAUUUAGGAUUUGGAAAUGAAAAGCAAGCUAAACUUUCUGGUGGUAUGAUGAUCUGUGUUGAACCUGACACUCUGGAGUCGAAAAUAGGUGUUCGUAGGACGGUAUCUGAUGGGCAAUAUCCUACUGUUACGAGUCUGUCGGACACCCUUGAUGCAGCAUGGACUGGUGAGAAUCAUCCGGGAGUAGGGGUGCCCAAGGCCGUUUCUUCUGCGCUUCCUGAAUCAGCAGUUGCAGAUUCAAGUGAAGCGUCAGUGUCUGAAAAGUUAGAAUCGGAAAACCAAAGAGUUGACCAGGGUGGGCCCAAUGUACCCAGUUUGCCUCCAGUAUUGUCCAUUAAAGGGUCUGAGAACAUAGAAGAUCCUGUAAGCUGGUUGGGGAUGCCCUUUGUAAAUUUCUAUCGGUCAUUGAACAAGAACUUUCUAGGAAUUGCACAGAAGUUUGAUGCACUUGGUGAAUAUAAUCCUGUUUAUAUUUCGUCAUUUCGGGACUUGGAACUACAAGGCGGGGCUAGGUUGGUUUUGCCUGUUGGUGUUAAUGACACUGUGGUUCCAGUUUAUGAUGAUGAGCCCACAAGCAUCAUAUCUUAUGCUCUGGUAUCACAAAAGUACCUCGACCAACUAUCUGAUGACUUUGAAAAGCCAAAAGACAGUGGGGAAUCCACAGUUCCCUUCCUGUCUGUUGAUUCAGGGAGUUUUCAAUCAGUUAAUUCGUUUGAUGAAAUGGGCUUGGAAUCUUAUAGAAGUCUGGGGUCUAUGGAUGACAGCAUCUUGUCCAUGUCUGGAUCACGUAGCUCCUUGGCGUUGGAUCCUGUUUCAUACACCAAGGCUUUGCAUGUUAGAGUUCCUUUUGAUGAUGAUGGGCCCCAUGGUAAGGUGAAAUAUACCGUGACUUUUUACUUUGCAAAGAGGUUUGAAGCCUUGAGGAGAAUAUGUUGCCCAUCUGAGAUGGAUUUCGUAAGGUCUCUAAGUCGUUGCAAGAAGUGGGGAGCACAAGGUGGGAAGAGCAAUGUCUUCUUUGCAAAAACCUUGGAUGAGCGUUUCAUUAUCAAACAGGUUACAAAGACAGAGCUGGAAUCGUUCACGAAGUUCGCUCCUGGAUAUUUCAAGUAUCUAUCUGAAUCAAUUGGCACUGGAAGCCCAACAUGCCUGGCAAAGAUUCUUGGUAUCUAUCAGGUUACAUCAAAGCAUCUGAAGGGAGGGAAGGAAUCCAAAAUGGAUGUUCUGGUUAUGGAGAAUCUUCUGUUUCGAAGGAAUCUUACUCGGCUUUAUGAUCUCAAAGGAUCUUCCCGAUCUCGAUAUAAUUCAGAUUCCAGUGGCAGUAAUAAAGUUCUACUGGAUCAGAACUUGAUUGAAGCAAUGCCAACUUCUCCCAUAUUUGUUGGAAAUAAGGCAAAACGAUUGUUGGAAAGAGCUGUCUGGAAUGAUACAUCAUUUCUCGCAUCAAUUGACGUAAUGGAUUAUUCAUUACUGGUUGGGGUAGAUGAAGAGAAGCACGAGCUAGUUCUUGGGAUCAUUGAUUUCAUGAGACAGUAUACAUGGGAUAAGCACCUUGAAACUUGGGUAAAGGCUUCGGGCAUUCUCGGUGGGCCAAAGAAUGCGUCGCCUACAGUGAUUUCACCCAAGCAGUACAAGAAAAGGUUCCGAAAAGCCAUGACUACUUAUUUUCUGAUGGUCCCAGAUCAGUGGUCUCCUCCAACUAUCAUUCCAAGUAACUCACAGACUGAUCUUUGUGAAGAGAACACUCAAGACGGAACAUCGGUUGAGUGAUACUGUAAAUCAAUGUGCCUGUAAAUUCGCAAGUGUAGGUGGGAUUACUCCUUCUCCUUCCUUUUGUUCUCUCUUUUCAUACAUCUUUCUUUCUUUUUCCUUUCUUUUACCUUGUUGAAAUUCUUUUGGAUAGAAGUUCCAUUUUGUACCUUUUCCUGUUUGUUAAAGUAAGAAUUCGUUAUUAAUUGUUCAGAACAUGCAGAACAAGGCUAUUGAAGCCAUCAAAAUUUCUCCAGGGGGUAUAAUAUUAGAUAACCUCCCCAAGGAAUUUUUUUUUGUAUAUUAUCUUCCCUGUAUUUAGCAUUAUAUAUGGACUGAAUUACAAUGGUGCAAUUGAUUUUGUGGGUGUAUGUUUUGGAUAAA